UCGGGCUCCGCGAGUCCUCCUUUUUGCACACACACGAAUACAAAGAGCCAUACGACCUUCGGAUGCCGGCGGGGCCUCUCGCAUGCCCUCUGUUCUGUAGGACGCAGUGGUGGGAAGUUCCAUGGUGGGCCGCGCUCCUCAGAAGCCCCCUUUCAGUAGGGGGAAGUGGACAGAAGUACACUGUGCUGGGGGAGCGCAUGAUCUGCUGGUAGGAGGCGGCAUCUCUGCCUUCUGCAGGCUGAGGAGAGGCCGCCAUGGACUCUGUGGCCCUACACGGCUUGCCUUCUCCUCUUUCGCAGAGCCCAGGGCCUGGAGCCCAGCGCCCCUAGCCUUCCUCAGUGACUCCAAGGAGACCACGGCUCCAGCCUCCUGAGGUCCCCCGACCUGAGGACCUUUCAGAGCUGCACAGGGCGUGAGCACGGUGGGCAGUGAGCUCCUCAGCCAUGUCCUUCAGUGCCACCAUUCUCUUCUCCCCUCCCAGCGGCAGUGAGACCCGAUGCUGCUGCUGUGCUUGUAAGAGCGAGAGUAGCGGUGGCAGCGCGGGCUCCCAGGGUAGAAACCCUCCUCCUGGCACCCCCAUCACGGUGACUGGACAUGGCCUGGCAGUUCAGAGCUCCGAGCAGCUCCUGCAUGUUAUCUACCAGCGCGUGGAUAAGGCUGUGGGCCUGGCGGAGGCUGCUCUGGGUCUCGCCCGGGCCAACAAUGAGCUGCUAAAGCGGCUCCAGGAGGAAGUAGGUGAACUCAGACAAGGGAAAGUGUGCAGCCCUGAGGACGAUGGGGAGAGCCGGGCCCACAGUCCCGCACCCGAGGAGACUGGGCCCCUCAAGGAGAGUCCUGGCGACGCCUGCAAGACUCUGUCUGCCGUGGAGGAGGAGUGUGACAGCGUGGGCAGCAGCGUGCAGGUGGUGAUCGAGGAGCUGCUGGGGGCGGCCUCGGCGGUGGGGUCUGGGCCUCUGGGCUUCCCAGCCCCCCAGAGAGACCUGCGGCUCCCAGGAUGCUCCCUGGCCGCUGGCGAGGGGCCCCCACUGCUGCACCCCCUGGUGGAUGAUUAUGUGGCCUCUGAGGGUGCAGUGCAGCGAGUGCUGGUCCCUGCUUAUGCCAAACAGCUUUCGCCAGCCACACAACUGGCUAUCCAGCGAGCAUCUUCAGAGACAGGGCCAGAAAAUGGAGCCAAACUCCCACCACCUCGUCCUGAGGAUGUGCUCAGUGCUGCUGCUGCGUUGGACGGUGCCUUGGAGGAGUCUGGCCAGGGGAGCACUGGGGACCUGAGACACUCUCUUGGACUCACUGCUUCCCCAUGCAGGACCCGAGUGAGCGGGCAGAAGAACUCCAGGCGCAAGCGGGAUCUGGUCCUCUCUAAAUUGGUCCACAAUGUGCAUAAUCACAUCACCAAUGAGAAGAGGUUCAAUGGGUCUGAAAGCAUCAAGUCCUCGUGGAAUAUUUCAGUUGUGAAAUUCCUUCUGGAAAAGCUCAAGCAGGAACUGGUGACCAGUCCCCACAAUUACACUGACAAGGAGCUGAAAGGAGCCUGUGUGGCCUACUUCCUUACCAAAAGGCGUGAGUACCGCAACUCUCUAAACCCCUUUAAAGGUCUCAAAGAAAAAGAAGAAAAGAAACUUCGAAGUCGCCGAUACAGGCUUUUUGCCAACCGAUCCAGUAUCAUGAGGCAUUUUGGGCCUGAGGACCAAUGCUUGUGGAAGGACGUGACUGAAGAACUGAUGUCAGAUGAAGAGGACAGUCUGAACGAGCCAGGGGUCUGGGUGGCCCGUCCUCCCCGUUUCCGGGCCCAGCGCCUCACGGAGCUCUGCUACCACCUGGAUGCUAACUCUAAACACGGCACCAAAGCCAACCGCGUGUAUGGCCCUCCCUCAGACAGACUCCCUUCUGCAGAGGUCCAGCUCCUUCCACCAGAGCUUUACAAUCCUAAUUUCCAAGAAGAAGAAGAGGGAGGCCCCGAGAAUGGACCCGUUUCCCCCUCUUUUGAUCAGUCCCACAAAACCUGCUGUCCGGACUUGAACUCAUUCAUUGAAAUCAAGGUGGAAAAAGAUGAGUGAAGUCUAUAACCAAGAAUAACUUUGUUUUCUGCCACUUUUGUGUCCCAGAAAUGGGUGGCCAUAGGGCUUCUCAAAACAGUAAGAUACCCUCUGUAGUCUGAGAAAGCAGAUUUGCCUCUGUUCUUAAUAGUCUUUAGGGCUAGGCAUGUAGCUCAGUGGCAGUGUCUGCCUGGCAAGUGUGAGGUCAUGAGUUCAGUUCCCAGUACCAAAAAUAAAGUUUCCCAUCGCUACAAAUGUGCAAUGGGAAUAACACACA